GUCUUGGUCUGCCACAUGGCUAACCGGCUUCUCGGACUCGGUGACAAAAAGACGCAAUGUGUAUUCUGUACUAGAGGUAUGAAUGGUGCUUCGGUUGGUAGGUUGGGCCCUAGCUUAUAUCUCCACCAGUAGUAGGGCUUUUUGUUGUCCGGCAGCCGGACCCGAAAGCCGUUAUCCAGUCCCCGCCGGGCCUCUAGGAUGUCGGUUCCGGCGGCCAAAACCGAGCGCAACCCGGAGUCCUAAGGGCCGAAUAAAGGUGAUCUGUGGCGUCUCAAGAACAGCUAAUUCUUUUUAAACCUUCGUAUACAUGAGCCUUCACACAUACAGAACCAACACCGCAUAUUGAAAGGUCAAGUGGUAGCGGCAAGCCAGGGUUAUUUCGAGACAAAUCAUGUCAGCAGACGCCUAUAAAACGGUCAUAUGCAACCUUUUUCAACCCUUGGGCGUGGGGUUUCCGCAGUGCUGAGUGAAUCAGUGGACUUCUGGUGUAUGUAUCCCUAAGCUAG